AAAUCAAGAUGGCGUCCUAUUUUUAUCGAUUUUCGAGAAGAAAUAAUAAAUAAUGCGUCAAAAUUGCCUCAAAAUUGUAGCCUGUGUGGGUUAUAUAUCUUCUUCUCAAUUCCCCUGUUGUAGUCGCUUAGUUAGAAAGCAGCCUGAUAACCAUGGACUACGAAUACAAGCGACAAAUGAGCGAAGAGCGGGAAAGGGUCGAGGAUAUGUUUGAGUAUGAGGGAUGUAAAAUAGGCCGAGGAACUUAUGGUCAUGUUUAUAAAGCAAGAAUUAAGUCAAAGACCGGCGAAAAAGGACCGUAAGUACUUGAUCUAGUUUUUAAAAUUUUAUUUUAAUACAUACAGCAACGUGUCAAUUGAUGUCAUAUUGUUAUUUUAAUGGCACAUUUCAACAUUUGCCUUGUGGAUAAUUCCUAUUAAAUUUUCACAACAAGUUAUUAAUUAGUAUUAAAAUUGAGACCUUAAUGAAGAAAGUUAAUAAUUAAUAUUAAUUAUUAACCGUAUUUUAAUAAGUUAAUGGUUAACUAUCUGGUCAAAAAGAUAUGUACUCACCUGCUCGUUCUGUAGCAAGCAAAUUGGGUCAUAUUUCUAGAAAAAAUUCACGCUUUGUGAAAAAAUACACUGAGUGGAAGUCUUAAUUAUAUUUGCCUUUCAUUUUGUUUCAUCUAGAUCUGAAAAGAAUCAAUAUGCUUUGAAACUUAUCGAGGGAACUGGAAUUUCAAUGUCAGCAUGUCGUGAAAUUGCUGUAUGUCAUUCCACUUCAGUUAAAAAAUAUCUGUUUCCACAUAUAAUAUUAAAGCCUGUCAUCUUAUUGUCUACUGUAUUUAAUGCUUUUGUAGUUAUUACGAGAACUUCGUCAUCCAAAUGUCAUCUCUCUUCAAAAAGUUUUCUUGUCUCAUGCUGACCGUAAAGUGUGGCUGCUGUUUGAUUAUGCUGAGCAUGAUUUAUGGGUAUGAUUUUGAUUCUGUUCAAAUCAGAUCAAAUGAAUUUAGAAAUCUAUGCCAUUUUUUUUUGCAUUUACAACUUUUGAAACUUGAUUUGGGCACGUCUAACUGUAAACAAAUGGAAUCAGUAAAAUUUGUUUACAAUUCUGAGCCACCUGGUCUCAUGUAAAGGUCAAGUCUCAGGGUUCGAAUUAAAUAUUUAAAAGUGAAUAGCGAAUUUCUACCCAUUGACUCGUGCAAUAAAAAGUGAAUAGCGAAUUUCCACCACUGUACAGUAAAAAAGGAUCGAGCAUUCGAUCUUCAACCAGAAAGGCUGUUAUAAUAAUAAAGAUUCAGCAGUCUUUAUUUUUUUGGCAACAACGAGAGAAAACGAAGAUGUAAAAUUAAAUCAUUUCAAUUUCCAAUAUCACCCGUAAAAAUUUGCGCAAUAUCUAAAAGAGUUAUUAAAAUUAAAAUGCAUAUUUAUUCAAAGUUAGAGUAAAUUAAAGUACAAACAAAAUACUGUACAUAUAAAAGUAAACAUGGCAAAGCUCAGAAGCAAAAAAAGAAACUGGCAUACAUUGCAUACUACACAUCAUGAAUUAAACUAGAAAGUUAUUGAACAUUUUGAUUUGGGUUUUAAACAUAGUAAGUGAUUGUGAAAUUCAAAUCUGAUUAUAGUUGGCAUGAACGUAGCAUGACAUUUGACCUUUCCUAAGUGGAUUUUGACACAUUUUUAUAAUGUCAGCCUAUCAUAUUAAAACAUUAAAUCAAAACACAGCUUGAGGCCAUUAGAAAAGGCGCAAUUUUAUUGUCUAUUCAGAAAUAUCAGCGCAUAUGAGAGAAUGUUUCCCUCAAAAUACACAAAGAAUUGUUUGAAAACAAACGUUUCCAAUGUUAUCCAUUUUACUUUUUCGCAUGUGAAAUCUUCUCAGGUUGAAUAGUGAUUUUUUUAUAUUACUGUAUAGCAAAAUGAGUAGUGAAAUCCCAAAAACGGAUAGCGAAUCGCGAUUCGCUAUCCGUUAAUUCGAACCCUGUCAAGUCUUCUGUGCUUGUUUUUGCAAAUUCAGUUUCAUUGUUCAGGUAAAUCUUAUCAAAUGCAUUUAUUGUUUCAGCACAUCAUCAAAUAUCAUCGUAGUUAUAAAGCUCAAAAGAAACCAUGUCCUGUAGCAAGAACAACAAUAAAAUCUUUGCUUUAUCAAAUACUGGAUGGUAUACAUUAUCUUCAUUCGAACUGGAUUUUACAUAGAGAUUUGGUAUGUCUGACAUUUCUCAAACAUUGUGGUGGUCAGAAUGAAAUCAUUGAAUAGAUCAACUCAACAUUAGAUUAGCUUUGAAGUUGUCCUUCAACAGCAUUUUUUAUCAAGGUAUUUGAUUUGAAUGAGGCCAAGAUAUGUGGCUGUUUUAUUAAAAAUAUUAAAAUACAAUCAUCUAAGCUUUCAUCAUUCAACGACAUCAUCUCUGAUGCAGCUGCAUAUCUUGGCUUCACUUGAAAUCAAACACAUCAGAUUAAGAUUAAAUCAUUGAUAUUAGAUAAAAGUUCCGUUGCAAGUUUAAUAUAGCCUCUACAGUAUAAUGUUGAUGACUUUUUGUGGGUGGAAUUUAGAGCAUAAGAUUUAUAGCCAGCUUUUUUUGGAAUAGAAAAGACAAAUGAGGAUUUCAAGUGGGCUACAGUAAAACCUGGCUACAGUAAAACCUGGCACUCUUCAAUUUUUCAACAUUGAAUUUGAUUGGUCAACAUGUUUAUAUUUUUCUUUCAUCUUGAUUGACAUAUUUGUGAUUAGUGCUAGAUUAUGAUUAGAUUGGAUUAGUCUCAGAUGCUAUAAUAUAUUUGAUUGAUGUAAGCUCUGAUAAUAUUAUGAUGUUGUAGAAGCCAGCCAAUAUACUUGUGAUGGGUGAAGGGCCUGAAAGAGGGAGAGUAAAAAUUGGUAAGUAUAAUUAUGGAAAAUUAUGAAAAUAUUUUAGUGAACUUGCAUGUUUGAAUUUGGUUAUUAAAUUACAAUGAAUUAUGAAUAAUAUUCCCUGUUUAGCUGACAUGGGAUUUGCUCGACUGUUCAAUAAUCCACUCAAGCCAUUGGCUGAUCUUGAUCCAGUUGUUGUUACUUUCUGGUAUCGCUCUCCAGAACUGUUGCUUGGAGCAAGACAUUACACAAAAGCAAUUGGUAAGAUGUAUUUCAUUUUUUAUAUAUUGAAUAUGAAGCCAAACUGUUGAUUAUGGCUAGACUAUAGUAAAUAAUAUUGUAAUAUAUUUGUGUAGUCUGUACUCUGUAGCUCAACUGGUUAUUGAAAAUUGUUCUUAUUUUAUCAUUCUAGAUAUAUGGGCCAUUGGGUGUAUAUUUGCUGAACUGUUAACGUCUGAACCAAUAUUCCACUGUCGACAAGAAGACAUCAAGACAAGCAAUCCAUAUCAUAGAGAACAGUUAGAUAGAAUAUUUCAAGUAAUGGGGUUUCCUCAAGGUUAGAUUGGAUUGUGAGAUUAAGAUUUGAUUAGUUAGAUUAGAUUUGUUUUAAUUGGAAUAGGUUAAGAUUAAGAUCAAUAUUGGAUGAAGAUUUAGAUUAUUUCUAUAAUAAUAUGUUUCAAGUAAUGGGCUUCCCUGAAUAUAAGUUAUGUACAUUGGAUAAUGAUGAGAUUACUAGUAAGAUGUGAUUAGUUAGACUGGAUUAGAUUAAGAUUAAAUUAUGCUGCAAUUAAGAUCUGAUUUACGAUAAUUGGAUUUAUGUAGAAGUUAGCCGGUUAAAGCUAGAAUUGAUGGAAAAAAGCAUGACCACAACUGGACCUCUGUGUUCAUAAAGUUUAGUAAGAUUAAAAUAUGAUUAAAGUAUGGUUGGAUUGAAUUAAGAGUAGGUAAAGUUUGGAUUGUGGUCAAUAUUAGGUAAAGAUGAUUAUGUAAUUUUUUAAUCUGUAUGUUCACUUUCUUUAAGAAAAAGAUUGGGAAGACAUAAAAAGAAUGCCAGAACAUCCAACUUUAAUGAAAGAUUUCAAGAAAAGCAGGUAGCAUACAUGCAACAUAUGUUAUCAUUGUUUUGUUUGUUUGAGACUUGGCUUUGAAAGCUUUAAAUCUGACUAGUUAUUGUUUUUCUUGUUGAUUCUAAGCUAUCAUGGACUUCAACUCUCGUCAUAUAUGGAAAAGUAUAAAGUUCACCCUGAUAGCAAAGCAUUUCAGCUGGUAAGAUCAUAACUCACAUAAGAAAUUUAUUAUCUCGCUCUAUUAGCCAGCAAAAAUUCAUAUUUGGGACUUUCUAUCUUCUUGCUGUAUAUAGUUAGGCAAACUACUUGUGAUGGAUCCCAAUAAACGAAUGACAGCAGAACAAGCCUUACACGAUGCUUAUUUUAAAGAAGAGCCUCAGCCACUCGCAGAGUAAGUUGUUGUGUUUUCACUAUUACAAAGAUCCAACUGUUUUGUUAGAUAUAUUUUUAUGUGGAUUCUUAGUGCUUUUGGACCUGAUCCUAUUCCGUACCCAAAAAGAGAAUUUAUUAACGAGGAAGACAAUGACACGAAAUCAAAUAAGGUAGGUUUGUUUCAAUAUGAUUGAAUAAUUUUUUCAUUUUGCUUGUACUGGCUACAAAAGUUUAAGGAAAAUUCCAGAGUCUGCAAAUAUGACUAUAUACCACAGUCACAAGCUAGUCCCACACGAGGCUCAUGGAACUGCUACUUCAUGCAUAAAGUAAUUAUUUGCGCCACAUUUCUAGCCUGACUCUGCCAAGCUUAGGUAUCCAUACCCUGGGAAAUUUGGUGUCCUAUACUUCUUGAGCUAAAUAUACGGCGAAAAUAUAUAUGAUAUUUUACAGUAUGCCUUACCUGUACAAGUAAAACCAACAAAUUGGAGACAAAACAACAGCAAACAAGCUAACACAAUGAUGAAGCUAAUUAGCCUAACCCAAGCUAACUUUGUUAAUUAGGCUACAUUUAACUAUAAUUAGACAAUAAUUAAAGGUGCCCUACAGUCCGAUCUGCGCAUGUACACAAAGGAGCCCACUUUUUAUGAUACAAACAGUUUAACUAUGUUUUGGGUUCUUGCAAAGCCUGAUUGUUGUUUCUUGAUCAUUUAUUAUACUCUAGAAGCUUGAUAAUAUAAAUAGUUGUCGAAUAAAGCUCAAUAUUUUGGACACAAAAAUGUAAACAAAGGCUUUGUUUACAUACGGACUGUAGGGCACCUUUAAGCUAAACCAAUUUUGUUUGACAUAUUUCAGACUGCUGGCAGUAAACAAGAUACGAGUGGAAAUAGUGAUCACCCACCCAACAAAAGGAUGCGUACCUCAGGUGGAAAUCACGGAAAAGCUCAUGCAUCAUUUGCAUAUCAAGUAUCAAAUAACCAUCAUCAACAAUCUCAUAACAAUCACCAGUCAAACAGGUCUAGCAGUAGUCAACGUCAGACUAAUUCAUUUAACUCUCCUGGUAACAGCCAGUUUUUGCCUCAACCACAGCGGAGAUUUUAAAUGUACAUACAGUAAAUAGGUUUCUAUAAUAACUACAGUGAAACACGCAAUUUGAUUGGUCAAUAGCCGGGCAGGAUCAGACUAUCCUGCACGAGGAAUUAAAAUGCCUUCGCGGGAUUUUUGCGGGAUUCUCAAAAUGUCAUUGUUUCACUAUAGUUAUUUUAUAAAACAAUCACCAAAUGGAGCAGGAUAGCGUGAUUCAUGCACUUGGGAUGUUGCUCGACUUUCGGAAAGCAUAAAAAUACACUCGCCUGCGGCUCGAGUAUUUUUACGCUUUCCGAAAGUCUCGCGACAUCCCUCGUGCAUAGAUCACGAAAUCCUGCACAGAAAACCAUUCGGUAUUCCUUUAUUCACAAAGGGUUCCACUGUAGCACCACAUAUCGAAGUUGUAUUAGUUUUAAUUUGAAAAGCUUUGGCACCGCACUGGCGCAGUUUGCGAAAAUGAUACCUUUACGUUUACCAAUUGUGUUUUUGAGGAUUUUUAUGCUGAUGAGGCAUCGUUUAUAAACGUUUGUCUAACCUCGAUCAUAUGCUUGAAUUCUUUGAACGUAUCCUAAUAGUCGACUUUAUUAUUUUUUAAUUUGUUAAUAGUAUAUCUCAAUUAUAAUACUGUAGAUAGAUUGCAGAGCCUGAAAUAAUUUUAAAAUUUGUCCGGAAAAACUUCCGAUCAAAAUGAAAUUUGACCGGAAAUUUGCAAAAUUGACCGGAAUUUUUUUUAGUUUAGUUUGACCAAGUCCACCCCCCCCCCCCUAUAUAUACAUAUAUAUAAGCGCCCUGUUUUUUAUCUUGACCCGAAAACACCACGCUGUAAGCCGCCAUCUUGUUUAUUGGGCCCGUGAAACUAUACCUUCCAGUUGAUUACUUUAUAUUAGCCUAAUAUAGAUAAUCCAAACUUACAGAUGGUACUCACUGUGCUGAGCGCCGACCCGAUCAUUAAGAAAACAUUUUUCUUUUUCUCAAAAUUUGGCCGGACAAAAUUUCCGAUCAUUUCAGCAUUUGGUCGGAAAAAUCGGAAUUUGGUCGGAAAACCGCCGGCCGCCGGCCGUUAUUUCAGGCUCUGGAUUGUAUUUAUGACCUUGUACGUUUGGUACACUUUGAUCGUUUUUACUUUGGCUAAACCGAAUGGUUUUAUCUCCCAUUACAGUAAACCCCUCAGUAUGAUAAUUAUUUAGUGUGAGCUCACAUCACCAUAAUAUUUUCUGGCGUUUUUCAUCCAUCGUAUUGCAAAUACAUCCUUUUAGAUAAUCACACGUCACAAAUUGCCUGGAACCUCAUAGUCCUACUCCUAUUCUCGUGAAUCGCGAGCCAAUAGCCGUCCAAGGAAGCAGUCAUGACGUAAUAGACCUUAUGCAUAAUGACGUCACAAGGCUUGAUGCCCGCGAGGAAUGCUGGUCUUAGUGGUCAUCGCCCGGGAAAAUUAAACAAUUCAAAAUGGCCACUAUCGAAAUUUUCCCGAGCAUUGACUAUUAAGACCAGCAUUCCUCGCGGGCAUCAAGCCUUGUGACGUCAUUAGGCAUAAGGUCUAUUAUCGAAAACGUGUAUUGACAAAAUGAAAUUUGUUUGAAGGAUGUUUGAAAGCGCGUAGAAACCGUGUUCAAAAUACUAAAGGAAAUGUACUACAAUUGGAUGGAGCAUUUCUAAGGAAUGAAGCAAUUUCAUUGUUCUGAACACAAAUGUUAUUGUUUAAUAUGUGAAGCCAAUAAAAAUCACUAUACUGAAAAACUGAUAUCAGUACUCUGCAGGGACGGAGUUGCAAGAAUGUUACUUGUGGCCCAAAUACAAGGGGCCCACACAUUACCCUUGGCGUUUCCCAAAAAUAACGCUCCAUAUUGUAUUUUAAGAAAUUUAUUUUAUCUCAAAAACAAUAAAGUUAUCACAGGCAAAGUGUUCACAGCAUGGUGGACAAAACUUAAUAAUUAUAUAUAAUGUUUGUGUUUGAUCAAUCCAGAUUUGCUUCCAUAGCACUGGUGAUCUUUUUAAUUUUGGUUGAAAUCGACAUAUCCACAUAUUUAUCUGCAAUAUUCACGACCAUACCACCAAUAAUACUUGGAUCAAUCUAAAAUGAAAAUUUUGAAGGUUAUGAUAUUUUGUAUGGUGAUUUAUUACGAAAGUCACCGAACUGUGGAAUCGCAUCAAAAAUUCGUAUAUCGACCACUCCCACAAACGUCUACGACCGCGCCUACAUAGUUUUGCAUGUUUACAAUUCUAAUUUUAAACAGCCAAUUACCAAGAACCUGAUUGGCUGUUCAAAAUUAGAAUUGUAAACAUGCAAAACUAUGUAGGCGCGGUCGUAGACGUUUGUGGGAGUGGUCGAUAUAUGAAUUUUUGAUGCGAUUCCAUAGUUCGGUGACUUUCGUAAUAAAACAGGGUGCGAUAAUUCGCAUACUUAGGCCUACGUACCGGAGGUACGCCAAUAUUACUGUCUGGUACUUCUUUGUUUUCAGCCACGUACCACGUAGGUACGCGGAACUCUUGCUAUCUGCGUACUUAUUUUUUGCUGGUACCACAUGACCUUUCCAAGUCCAAGGUAUUCAAUACUGUAAUUUAGUUGGUAUAUCAUGUGUCUGAGAUGUCUUGGCACGAAACAUGAUUGCACUGAUGGCACUCAGAAACGUUAGAGUCGGUUGUUUGAAAUAGCAAAACUCCGUUUUCAAAUAGCAAAACUCCGUUUUCCAAUAGCAAAACUCCAUUUUCAAAUAGCAAAACUCCCUUUUCAAAUAGCAAAACUCCCUUUUCCAAUAGCAAAACUCCCUUUUCCAAUAGCAAAACUCCUUUUUCAAAUAGCAAAACUUCCUUUUCAAAUAGCAAAACUCCCUUUUCAAAUAGCAAAACUCCCUUUUCAAAUAGCAGAACUCCCUUUUCAAAUAGCAAAACUCCAUUUUCAAAAAGGAAAACUCCCUUUUCAAAUAACAAAACUCCCUUUUACAGUCUAUUUAUACACACCUUUGUUUCAAUUUUAAGAGUCUCAUCUGGUUUAACAAAACUUUUUAAUGAUUGUUCCAGCUCUUUCAUGUUUGCUGCAUCUAGAGCCUAAAAUUGA